GGGCGGAAAUGGCGCGCGGGGGCUGAUGGGAACUCAGUAAGAUACAGGAAGACUAGAGACACGGAACCGAGAGACCAAACACACCCACUGGUUUAGACUGGGGGAAAAAAAAAGCUCGUCUGAAACUUAUUAACGCUCAUCACACGGCGUAAGGCAUGGCAGAGCUGGCGAAACUGGUGCAGAGGUUGGAGGUUGCUGUUGGCCGUCUGGAAGCCAUUUCCAGCACUGGAGGCACAGGUGGCUCUGCGGCUGGUGGAGCUGUGGCUGCCUAUGUUGAGGCCUUCGAUGGUCUGAUCUCAGGCCCUGUUGCCGAAUACCUCGCCCUGAGUCAGAAGAUUGGUGGCGAUGUUCAGAAGCAUGCUGAUAUGAUGAAGCAAGCUUUCACCUCUCAGAGGCAGCUUCUGGUGACGGCCUCCAGCUCCCAGAAACCCUCUGAUGCAAUCCUGACAUCUCUGCUGGCCCCAGUGUCUAAAGUGAUUCAGCAAGUGCAGGCGUUCAGGGAGCAGCACCGCUCCUCUCCACUCUUCAACCACCUCUCCGCCGUCAGCGAAAGUGUCCCUGCCCUCGGCUGGGUCGCCAUGGCCCCUAAGCCAGGUCCUUAUGUCAAGGAAAUGCAGGAUGCAGCCAUGUUCUACACAAACCGUGUGCUCAAGGAUUACAAAGACAAGGACAAAACUCAUGUGGACUGGGUCAAGGCCUACUUGUCAAUCUGGACUGAGUUGCAAGCAUACAUAAAGCAACAUCACACCACCGGACUGGUCUGGAGCAAGACUGGUCCAGUUGCCUCAGCAUCUGGAGCUUCCGCUGCUCCAAGCGGUGGAGCUCCUCCUCCUCCUCCUGGCCCACCUCCUCCAGCUGCUGAUCUGGACAAGGCAGGAGGUGGAGAUGCAGGCUCUGCCAACCGUAAUGCUCUCUUUGCCUCCCUCAACAAGGGAUCUGACAUUACUAAAGGGCUGAAGCAUGUGUCUGAUAACCAGAAGACCCACAAGAAUCCUCAGCUGCGGUCUCAGACAGGCCCUCUGCAGUCAGGACCAAAACCUUUCUCAGCUGCCCGGCCAGCUGCCACCACUACCCAAGCCCGCACUCUGCCUCCAGUGCUGGAGCUGGAAGGCAAAAAAUGGAGAGUGGAGAACCAGGAAGGUGCUCAGGGCCUUGUGAUCAGCGACACGGAGCUCAAACAGGUGGUUUAUGCCUUCAAGUGCAACAACAGCACUCUGCAGAUAAAGGGAAAAAUCAACUCCAUCACCUUAGACAACUGCAAGAAAUUGGGCCUUGUUUUUGAUGAUGUUGUCGGUAUUGUGGAGGUGAUCAACUGCAAGGAUGUUAAAGUCCAGGUUAUUGGAAAGGUUCCAACCAUUUCCAUCAAUAAAACAGAUGGAUGCCAUGUGUACCUGAGUCAGAACUCGCUGUCCUGUGAGAUCGUCAGUGCCAAGAGCUCAGAGAUGAAUGUGCUGGUGCCUGGCAAAGACGGAGAAUUUACUGAGAUCCCUGUCCCUGAGCAAUUCAAAACCGUCUGGGACGGCAAAAAGCUGGUCACUACAGCCACAGAGAUUGCAGGAUAAAGGCCUCAUCUAUGAUACUUCACCCCCUUUGCCAAUGCCUACCUGAUUGACUGACCAACCAGCCAAUCACAAACAAAACUGAAAUGGUAAUCUUGUCCACACUCCCCAUAAGCCAAUAAGAGGCGUGGCUGAACAUUCUUUCAGCCAAUGAAAUGGCUGUUUGCUUUAUGCAGCAUAAUGAACCUUUUCAUUCCAUUUGAUGUUUAAUAGCAAUUCAUUUGUUGCCAAGUCGUUUUGCUGUUUUCAAGCAUUCCAAGGAAAAUAAAAUGUGAACAGCCAAAAUUAUGCAUAUAUUCUUUAUAUUCGGUAGUUAUUUUGUCAAAUUUGUUGGUCUUAUAUAAUAUGUUUAAUAUGCUUUACAUGAUUGGGGUAGAAGUUGUGUUCAGGUGAGGGAGUCCUAGUGAUUUCUAUUUCCUCUCUUUUUCUCUCUCUCUAUCUGUCCUAAAGCACACAUACACCUUCCUCAGAAAAAAUCAGUGCAUUUCAGACAUUGGUGACCUUAUUUAUGUUUCUGGGUUAAUUAAAACCAAGAUUUGUGUUCUUGACCAAAUUUGGUUGACUAUUGGAUAAAAUGAUGGAUUACAUACUGUCUUAUUGGUCUAUUUUCCUGCUCUUACCAUUGAAACAACAGGAAUAGAUAUAGUAGUAAUAAACAGAUUUCUUCCAUUUCUUAUUGUAUUCCAGCACAGAGCACAUUCUCUAAAAGCACUGUAAAGUAGUAAUCCAUGAUAUCUGAAAAUAUGAGGUACAGUAAGGACAGUGGACAAUUUUUUUUUUUUUUUUUUUCUCUCUCUUUCAAAAUUGUUAGGCACAAAUGCAGGGGCAGAAUUCCUGUUGAGACUCUAGAUGGCAACAUCAGAUUGAUCGUUUAUUGAAUUAUUUCGUAUGAGGGUUAGUAAGCAAAUUCAGGUAGACCUAGUGGCCAUUAUUUUUCCUUAAUCCUCUUAAUCCUUUUCCUCUCAUAGCACUCAGGCCAUGUGGAUUUUUUUUUACUAUUAUUAUUAAUUUGUUUUGUCUUUUAGUUGGUCAACAAUUUUAAUUCUGCUCAUUAUUAGUACUGGAGUAAGAUGCCAUUAAAAUGGUUGCAACGAA